GCGCGGCGCGGCGCGGCGCGGCGGCCGGCGGGGAGCCGAGGACCGGGGUGCUCCGAGAGGACCGGGGACGGACGGAGGAUGCCACUGGAGUCACCUUCCUCUUCCCUGCCCCAAGCCUUGCCUUCUCCAUUGCCCUCAGUACCCGACAGUAUUACCAGCUCCUCCCCUCCUCCAAUGUCGUAUGUCACCUCCCAGGAGAUGAAGUGUGUUCUUCACUGGUUUGCCACUUGGUCUGGUCCUCAGCGGGAACGUUUUCUCCAUGACAUGGUAGCUAAAGCAGUGCCGGGAAAGCUGCAGUCCCUGCUGGAUAGUCUGGAGCAGCUUAGUGUGUCUGGGGCAAAUCGACCACCUUGUAUCUUUGAGUGCCAGCUGCGGCUUUGGGAUCAGUGGUUUCGGGGUUGGGCUGAGCAGGAACGCAAUGAAUUUGUCCAGCAGCUGGAAGUUAGUGAACCAGACUUUGUGGCAAAGUUUUACCAAGCAGUGGCUGCUACAGCUGGAAAGGACUGAUAGUCAGAUUGAAAGAAGAUACCAUAGCCGAUGGAGCCGAGGCCAUGACACUAAAGUGAAAACACUGUUCCGAUGUGGAGCUUGAAGAUUUUUUUUUGGGGGGGGGGGGGUCCAGUGAGCUGACUGAACUUGCUAAUAAGCACAGGCAUGCCUUUUUCAAUACUAGCAACAUAUCAACUGGACUCUUAGUGGAAAUGUUAUUUGUCUAAGCAAAUCUAGAUCAUAUCAGUCUCCUAGUUUGCUUUCCAAGAGAUGUCAGACCUCAAGAAUUCAGUGACUUUUGCAGCUAUAACCAAAAAGUACCUACUUGUUAAUAACUAGUCCAUGGUCCAUAGUGGGUAUAAUGUAAAACUCACCUUCAGAAAUAGCAAAGAAGAAAAAGAACAGGUAUUUUUUUUCUACUUUAGCUGCAUUCAGAUGGCUGGUUUUAUACUCUUAUCAGACCCUAGCACAAUUAUGUGACUUCUAAACCAAUGUAUGUCCUAGUGAUGGUUUGAAAAACUAUAGAAAAUCAGUGGGGAUGGGAGGGAAAAACUGAAGAGAACCAAGAAAGGGCC